ACACACACACACACACACAUAGACAUCGGAUCUCGAAAGAGUACUAAACAGCCACUUGGACUAAGAAACUAUUUUUCACGCAGAUUGUGAGGAGUUUCAGUGCCUACUUUAAGUGUGAAGGAGGAGAGACUGUUUAACAAGAAGUACACAGCUGAGAAAGAUCAUGAAGUUACAUGUGGCAUUAUUUUUUGCCGGGCUCUUCGGUGCCUUGGCAACUCUGUUCAUUCUCUUGUCUUUUGGCACGGACUAUUGGCUCUUGGCAUCUGAGACCUGCAAUUCCCAUUCAAAAGGUCCGGUUACUUUGCAGCGAGGUGAUAUUGUGGUUAACCAGGGUCAGGACCACUUUAGUGAAGACCAGGACAUUACCUUUCAUCAUGAGGGCUUCUUUUGGCGCUGUAGCUUUAAUGAAAUCAUGGACGGUGAUGAUCUGUGGAAGUUCUGGUUUGAAAAUCAGCCACACGCGAGGCAAUGCAAACCUGCAUAUCUUCUUCCCUUUCCAUUCCCUGACCAGAGCUACAACACUACCAGUUAUCAGACUGCCAUAAUCUACAGAGGCUUCUGGAGCGUCUUUAUGUUGCUCGGUGUGGCUGCUGUGGUGGCCGGAGGCUUCAUUGUUAUUUGCGCAGCUCCAUUUGCCAAUCAUUGCCUUUAUAAAGCAGGAGGUGGACUCUACCUCAUUUCUGGUUUCUUGCUUCUCGUUGUCACUGUUAUGUAUGUUUUUUGGUUAGAUGUUUUGGAUGUAAUAAGCUCGUAUAAGGAAUAUCAGACGUAUAAGUGCUCUGGUUUCGAGCUCAGUUUGAGUUAUGGCCUCUCUUUCAUGUUUGCUCCUGUGGGCGUGUUCUUCUGUCUUCUGUCUGGUCUUCUCUUCCUAGUGAUUGGCCGAGCAGUCCAACAUCAUUAUAACUGAACCUCGUGAACGGUUUCAAAACAAUUGCACAAAAUGCAUUAAAGUGAUAGUAGACCUCAAAAUUAAAAUUGUCAUCAUUUACCCCCCCCCCCCCAAACUCAGUCUGCAGUCAUUUCACCGCCACCUAUCUUUCAAGUGGACCACUGACACUCCUAAUUGAGAUUGGUCCUGUCCCAAAUCGAUCACUUCAUGUGCAGACUUACAAUUAAAUUGAUUUUAAUGUAUGUUUUAGCUCUGAUUCCCAUUCACAUCAAUCAUAAGACUGACAGACUGCGACGGGUUGUGAUAAAAAUCUCAGUUUGUGUUCUACUGAAGAAACAAAG